AUGUUUCGUGGAAAAAAAAUUAAUGAUUUAGUUAAUAAAUAUUUGGUAGGUCGUUUACAUACGUCCACUUCUUUAAAAUUAACCAAGAAUGAAGUAGAAGAAGUUAGUAUUCCCGUUCCUUGGGGACAUGUUGCGGGUAAGUGGUGGGGAGACAAAAAUCAAAUACCUGUAUUAGCACUUCACGGCUGGCAAGACAAUGCUAAUACAUUUGAUAAAUUAAUUCCCCUUUUAAAUUUACCAUCUAUAUUAGCUAUCGAUUUACCUGGUCACGGAUUGUCAUCUCAUUAUCCAGCUGGGAAAACAUAUGAAUUUCAAGAAUAUUUAAUUUUGUUACACAGAAUAAUAAAUUAUUAUAAAUGGCCAAAAGUACCUCUUCUAGCACAUUCUUUCAGUGGGGCUCUCACAUUUAGUUAUGCUUCAAUUUUUCCAAAUAGAGUCAAAUGGUUAAUUAAUUUCGAAUGUGCAAGAUCCUUAAUGACACUUCACAGAUCAGAUAUCGGUUUAUCAUAUUCAACAGCAUUGAAUGCUCUGGAAAAAAUUGAAAAACAAAAAGAAAAUAUUACUAUUCCAGCAUAUAAAAUGUCAGACAUGAUUCAAAUGACAGUCGAAGGAAGUUUGGGUGGCAUUUUAAAACCUGAAUCUGCUUUUCUUUUAUUGGAAAGAGGAACAACGUUGGCAAAAGAACCAUAUACGAAAAUAAAUAAAACAAAAUCAUCAUCGACAGACUUGCAAAGUUUAAUCAAUUUCGAAAUGAAUGCUUUUAAAUAUUUAUCUAAAGAAGAAAGUGUUGAGAUUAAUGAAUACUAUGAUAGACUUAAAAAAAAAUUAGAAGUUGCUAAAAACAAUUUGAAAAAUUUCAAUUUAAAUGAAUUUAAUGAUAAUUAUUAUGUUUACUCUAGAGAUCCGAUAAUUAAAAUUCAACCCUUUCAAAGUAUAAGCUCUGAAUUUGUCAUAGAGGCAUCUAAAAAUAUUAAAUGUCCGUCACUUUUUCUAAGAGCAACCGAUGGUUUCUUACACGGAACGGCUAAACCCCUUUACGAUCACACGUUAAAAAUAUUAAAAAAUUCCGGGAUUUAUUUAGAACAUCACGAAGUUAACACGUCACAUCAUGGACACUUAGACGAUCCGGAAAAUUUAUCACCGAUAAUAAAUAAAUUCGUUGAAAAAUUUCAACACGUUUAA